UACUGUCAAAACUAGAGAGGUUUUUGUUUACAAAAUAAGUUUUCAUUCUCAAAGCUUAGCUACAGUUUAGCUUCAACAGCCAUCGAGAAGAGGCAUUUUUUUGCGCGCCCGUCCUCCGAAAAAAAAAAGGAAUUUCGUCGCGUCGGGGUGAGUGGUGUGUUUCGUUCCAUUUCUCAAAUGAUAAGAGUACUCCGGCAGCUACAAACUCUGGCGAGAAAGGCGUUCAGCAGAAAGUAUCUCCUCUACACCAACGUUGCAAUCUCCAUCAGCUUAUCUGGGGUCGGUGACAUAAUUGAGCAGCAUUACGAAAUCUACACCGAGAGUUUAGAAUGCUGGGAUCGAACGCGCACGCGACAGAUGUCCAUCUCCGGGAUGACGGUAGGAAUCUUCUGUCACAACUGGUACAACUUCAUGGAUCGAAGAUUUCCUGGCCGAACGCUCGGAAUCGUACUGAAGAAAGUCAUGAUCGAUCAAACCGUGGCCUCGCCUAUAGUUAUAUUCCUGUUCUUUGCCACGCUGGGUGUCCUGAGGAAAGCUACCAUUGAUGAGACGAUCCAGGAGAUGAAGGACAAAUUCAUACGGCUUUACACGGCGGAAUGGGUUGUAUGGCCACCUGCUCAGCUGUUCAAUUUCUACCUUCUGCCCAAUAGGUAUCGCGUGCUGUAUGAUAAUACAAUUUCGUUAGGAUACGACGUCUACACUAGUUACGUUAUCAAUGAAAAAAUUGACCACGCUGAACACUCUAGUUGACCCAGAUAUAGAGAUUGGAAGCUUUAGGGAAUGUAAUAUAGGUAAUAUAGGUAAUGCAAUGUCCUUAGCGAAAAGCCGUAGUCACCUGUUCAAUUGUUAAAGCGCAUAUUUAUUAGCUGCCACUCUAAGAAUAAUGUUACAGUUAUUCCGAGUUCAAUGUGAUCGAAAACCGUACUGUUGGAUUGUUUUAUGUUGCUUGAUUGUACAUAAAGCGCACUCGAUGUGAAACUAAGUAAAGUUUUAA